CUUCUUCCCCCGCCCUCCUGCCGGCAGCAUGGCGCGGGCCGCCGCGCUCGCCUCCUGCCUGGAGGCCGUGCUGGGGAGCCGCGGCAACGCCAACCGCGUCUUCGAGAUCCUGGAGCUGCUGGCGGGCCAGGAGGAGGAGGAGGAGAUCCUCUGCGCCGCCAGGACCUGCAGCCGGCUCUUCGGGGCGCUGCUGGAGCGCGGGGAGCUGUUCGUCGGCCGCCUGCCCGCCGAGGAGGCCUCUCUGGCCGAGAACUACAGCGCUGAGGAGAAGUACAAGAUCUGGAUGAGGCACCGCUACAAGGAGUGCGUGGAUUGCCUGGCGGAGCUGAUGGGCCACCAUGCCUUCCAGGUGAAGGAAUUGUCGCUCUGCACCCUCAUGAAGUUUGUUGAGUUAGAGGCACGAUACCCAUUGAUCAAAGUAGAGUGGAAAGGGACUUUAACUUUUCCCUGUGAACUUCUCAAGGUAGUUGUUGAUGGCUUACUGCCCUUAAAUGAGGACGCUUCGCUCCUGAUCUCCCGCUUUCAAGAAUAUAUGGAGUAUGAUGACAUCCGGUACUUUGUCAUCAAGGCGGUCACUGAGAGUAUUGGACAAGUCAUGCAGAAGACAAAAGAGAGGCCACUGCCAUUUUACCAGCAGAAUGUAUUUUCCCUCAUUUCGCCCAUUAACAUGCCGAACAAAGAGUCAGACAUGGUCAAAUUUAUGGUGAAGCAAGAUAACUGGGAGGAAUUGAAAGUGUCGAAGCUGCAGGCACACAAGCAGGCAUUUGAAAAAAUGUGGCUCAGUUUUUUGAAGCACAAGCUACCCACUGGCCUGUACAAAAAAGUCCUUGUGAUUCUGCAUGACUCCAUCCUGCCUUACAUGAACGAACCCACUCUCAUGAUAGACUUCUUGACAGUGGCCUAUGGCAUAGGUGGAGCAAUCAGCCUUCUAGCCUUAAAUGGUUUAUUUAUUCUGAUUCAUCAGCAUAAUUUGGAAUAUCCUGACUUUUACAAAAAGCUGUACAGUCUUCUAGACCCUUCUAUCUAUCACGUGAAGUACCGAGCCCGCUUUUUCCAUUUGGCUGAUCUGUUUUUGUCUUCAUCUCACUUGCCAGCGUACCUGGUGGCAGCAUUUAUAAAGCGCCUCUCCCGGCUGGCCCUCACUGCUCCUCCCGAGGCUCUGCUCAUGGUCAUUCCCUUCAUCUGUAAUCUCUUUCGGAGGCACCCGGCGUGCAAAGUGCUAGUGCACAGGCCUAAUGGGCCAGAAGAUGUGUCAGAAGAUCCGUAUAUUAUGGAGGAGGAGUCACCGUCUGAAAGCAGGGCUUUGGAGAGCUCUCUCUGGGAGAUUCGGACUCUACAAAACCAUUAUCACCCAGAUGUGGCCAAGGCAGCUGCUGUCCUGAACCAGUCACUGUCUGAGAUGGAGGAUGACAUAUCAGGGCUCCUGGACCUCUCAGCUUACGAGCUUUUUGAUAAAGAAGUAAAGAAAAAGGCUGCUGAUGUGCCCCUGGAGUUUGAGCAAAUACGAGGUUUGUUUGGAAAGAAAAAUGAUAUUUUUGCAGAGCACUUCGCUUUGGAUUGACAUAAUCUCUUAUAAACACAUCUGCACAACUGACUGAUCUCAGGGACAUGCCCAAAGCUCACGUGUUGUGCUGGGCAGUUCUGCCUUUGAAGUGUCUCUGUGUGAUGAGAGCUGGAUUGUUGAGUAAGGUGCAGCCUUCUUCAGUGACGUUUGCCACCACCCAUGGAUGGACUUUCCUUUGUUUCUCACGCUUGCGUUCUGCCUCCUGAUACUUGGGAGGGAUUUUCCCUCAGAGCAAAGUUUUCUGGACCUGUUCAUUGCUGGGGUUCCAGCCCCUUUCUCCAGAGCUGCUGGUGCUGCCUGUGAUCGGUGACUGCGCAGGCAAACCAUUUCACUGCCACUCAAUGGGACUGAGGGAAAGUGUGUUCUCUGACUAACGUUCUUAUUUUUCAGAUAAGUUACUUUUUGUACUGAUGACCUGUCUGUAGCAGGUGACUUCAAUACAUAGCUGUAAACACCUGAUGAUACUCUAAUUGUAUUUUUUUAUAUAAAUUUUUAAACUCUCAUCUUCAGGGGGAUGUUGAGCUUCUAUGUACUCGUCUUAACACUCCCACAUUUGAGGUAUUGAAAGAAAGCUCAGGUUUGUCAAAAACGAGUCAUAGAUGGCUCUCAGUAGCUCAUCUGUGAGGUGUUGCUGGUGUUCCUUCAUGUACAUCCGUCUCAUGCUGUAAGGUUGCUUAAUUCAAAAUGCUCAUGGGCUUUGGAAAUGAGCAUAAUCCUGGUGACUGCUGUAGCCAGGAAGGCCAACUGAUGUGCAGUGGGGGGUUUGUCUAAUCCUUGAUUUUUGCUUCAGAAUGAUAAGCAGCUUAAUGUAGUUUUGCUUGCAGCCUGCAAAUGUUGUAGGAGCUCUGGCCAGUGUGCAUCCAGGUGCCAAUGAAGUGUUAACUAGUCUACUGAUACUAGGUGGUUUUGAUAACUUGGAUUUUUUGUAUAGUUCUAGAAGUCAUGCAGAAAUUCCUUCUGAUAGGUUUGGGGUUUCCACCCCCUGCCACCCUCCCAAGGUUUUAAGUUUGAGGUAAACUCCUUACUAAGGAUGCAGAUAAACUCAGGACUUCUAUUGGUAAUUGUUUUCAAGAACUUAAUUUUAUCUCUUUAGACUUUAACUCUAUUUCCAUGUUUUGAAAUAGUAUUUUGUGGAGGAAAAGAAUACAGUCAAGAAAGUGGAGGCCAAGAAAUCUAAUUUGUGGCAGACAAGUCUGUUUAAGUCCUGUUUAAGGAAGAAUACAGCUGUUUUGGAGACACCAAGUGUUACGUUUUCUUCAUCCAGUUGUCUUUAUGCUUUCAUCAGAAGUUUUAGUCUUUAUUGGUCUCUAGUGAAAAAGCAAUCCUGUCGUCUCCCUGGCCAGCCUGCUUUUCUUUUUUCUUUGACUUCUGGUGUCUGUGGUGGGAAGGCAGAGGGGCUGAGAUAACGUACAAUUUGAGAGACCUCAGUUCCAGUUCACCCAAGCUUUGUAUUUCAGCUCUAAAAUGUGUCUCCCUGUAUCAUACGUAUGUUGUAUGUAUGUGUUUACUAAACAUUUUGAAGUGCUCUGAUGCUAGUGAGGACCACAUAACUACCUUUGGAAGAAGUAUAUAAGUUUAAUAUCUUUCAGA